UGAAAAUACAAUGACAUGUGGGCCGUCUCGCGAGAGAAGAACACAGGCACAACAAAGCACAUGCUCGUCAAAUUCCGACCCCUCAUGGCGACGGCGGCGAAGGCGAGGGCGGCGGCGGCGGUAGCAGCUUCCACGGCGGCGGCGGCGGCGGCGGAGCGGGACGAACACAUGCACUACAAGCACACCGACGCGUGCCACCACCUCCGGUGGACAGCCAAGGAGAGCUACGAGUACAUGUACGCGCGGCCGUGGAGCAGGGUGGUCGACUUCUAUGCCGAUCUCGUGCGGGCCGGCGCCGGCGCCGGCGCGGCGGGGCUCGCCAAGCUGUUUGGGAAAGAUGAGAAAGAUUACACCCUUGAUACUACGGGAGAGAAUUACGUAACAACAUCAUCAGAAAAACAAACAGCAACAAUUUCAACCAAAGAUCGUGGAGGAAGGUGGGAAAGAGUAACAUUUAAAAUUGUUCUUUCAUACCAUGGGGGGUCGUUUGAUGGCUGGCAGAAGCAGCCUAGCCUCAAUACUGUUCAGGGGUUAAUAGAGAAACAUCUUGGACAAUUUGUUGAUGAGAGGAAAGCUAAACAGCUUGAAGCAAGAUCUUUGCCGAUAGAAGGCUGUGCCGUUGUUGCUGGGCGCACUGACAAAGGGGUGACUGCUCUUCAGCAAGUUUGCUCAUUUUAUACAUGGAGAAAGGAUGUGAAAUCUGGAGAUAUAAAACAUGCGAUAAACGAGGCUGCUCCAGAUAAACUAAAACCUUUGCAUGUUUCAGAGGUCACACGUGAGUUUCAUCCUAAUUUUGCUGCCAAAUGGAGGAGAUACAUGUAUAUUUUUCCUCUUGACGAGGAUGCUAAAUUGAUCUUAGGGGAAGAACACUCCUCUAAAGUACUAGAGAAUUCUGAGCACAACAUAAAACCUCAGAGCUUUGACGUGGCCAAGGUUGAUGAAAUCCUUAGAAAACUUGCUGGGAAGACAUUAUCCUACAAGAUGUUUGCACGUGAUACGCAAGCUUCACGAAGUGUUGGCCCACCUACGGAAUGUUUCAUGUUCCAUUCUCGAGCUGCAGUGGCCAAACUAUAUUCUGCUAAUGAGGAUUACAAAGAGGGUAUGAAGGUCAUGUGCGUUGAGCUAGUUGCAAACCGGUUUCUACGCAAGAUGGUUAGGGUCCUUGUUGCUACUGCAAUAAGAGAGGCUGCUGCUGGUGCCGGAGAAGAUGCUUUGUUGAACCUGAUGGAAGCCACUGACAGGCGUGCCACAGCACCCCCGGCACCGCCAGAGGGCCUCAGCCUCGUAGAUGUUGGCUAUGAAGAUUUCAGUAAACAGAGGUGCUUCAUAGUCGAUUAAAGGAAGUCAUGUUUUUUUGGAGAAAAAACACAAGAUGCACGAGUGAACAAUUGAGGACUUGUGUUACACUCCAGGUUGCUGAGAGAUACCAAACCCUUUCGGUUUUGUUUUUGGGCCCUACAUGCCUACUUGUUCACCCCAAAUACAGCCCAUCUCAGUAGGGCACACCUAGUGUUGGUAUUACUUUUUUUUUUAGUUAUCCUAGUUAUAAGAGAUGCGGAGAAUAGAAGAAAAGAGAUAGAGGAGAUGCACACCUAAUUUAGUUUUCAAUAAAUGGAUUGAGAGAAGAGAUGAAAAGAUAGGUCGAGGAUAACACCGAAUUAAUUCGUGUUAACCCUUCAUCGAGAAACUUAUGAGAGUUUGGAUGACCUGUAACUUGUACUAUUAAAGGAGGAGCUAAUGAAAAUCGUUACAAACUAA